AUGAACGGUACGGUUGAUGAUCAGAGUUCCAAUUACUGUGUUCCAGUAGGAUUGACGAUUCUUCAAAAAGAUCUCAUCGAAAUUCUGAUUUCAAUUCAUGCAAGAUCUCUGCUGCAGUUCUAUAACAAUGAAGAUGUAUACAAGUUCGAGGAAAGUAAGGGAUUUACCAAAUUGACAUUGCCGGCUCUGUCACCACAGCAGCUAACAAGUAUGCUUGCCGCGAACAUCCGCGCAAUAGCAAACCAUCCAUUUCUCCUGGUUGAGCAUUACAUGCCGCGUCAGCUUCUUCUUAUGGAACCAGGUGAAAGGCUUAUAGGAGCUAGCGACAAGUUUCAAAAAAUGGCUCUACUUCUUGAUUCGCUCUUUUCCAGAGAUCGCACGAAAUUCCCCAAAGCAUUACAGAUCACAAUACUAUCUCAUAGUGUCAAAGAGCUGGAUCUCAUAGAAGGAUAUUUGCUUGGUAAGCCAGUGAAACUGAGGCGGCUUUCGGGGACCAGCCUCUUCGAUGAAAAGCAUUGCUACGGAGAAUCUGAAACUAGAUCCAGCACGCCAGUACUCCCGACCGGAUACAUCAAAGACGAAUAUGAGUAUGGUAAACGAAGAGCCGUACCUGCUUUAAAAGAUGAAAGUGACUGGGUAUUUCUUGCCACUGCCACACAUCUCGCAAGGAGCCCCACUUUGAUGGACGAAUUUUGCGUUGACAUCGUGAUAGGCUUUGAUCCCCUGAUCGAUGCCGGGCUGGAAUGCUUCCAAAGAAUGCGGAGGACUGGUAAAAAGGUACCUCUUAUAAAGUUGAUGGUCGAGGACUCCCCGGAUCAUUACGUUUUGGCUCAUAGUAACAUGAAAAGUGAAGACGAUCACUUUUUGGAUUCAUUACUGCAUUUCAUUAAGCAUAGACAUACUAUAACGAGUGAUGAUGCUCUUGAGUGGCCGGGCCAGCUUAUCGAAGAUAUCUUGCAAGGCGUCUCAUCGAAUCCAACAUCUUUACCGCCUUGCCAUCUGGCCAAGGAGACCACAAAUGUAAAUCUCUUCGAUUGCCUGACGACGUAUCGUGGUCUUUCGCAUAUGAAAACAAUGAAUUUUGAGCUAAAGCCUGUCAACCAGGAUCUGGACAUGAAAGUUUAUCAAGGUAUCGUCAUGGAGCUCAUCGUGCGAAGACUAACUGCUUGCGAAAAAGGUUACAGCGUGCAUCAAAAGGAAGUUUUAGGACAGAGACUUAGAGAAACUAUGCGCCAAGACGAGUUCGAUCAGAUCAAAGAUGAAGCUGCUACUACUUUCAAAAGAACUAAGGAGGAGGAGACUUCCUUUAACGAAUCUGUUAAAAAACUAAAUAAGGCACAAUCUGAUCAGCAAAAGCUUUCUGAGCGUCUAAAAGUUUUAUCGGACAGAAAAUAUUCUUUUGAAACAAUCCUCAACGACAUCAAAGUGCCUGCUGUACAAAUCACCCACCUGACGGAAGAGCUUGCGAAACUAAGAUCCGAGUUAGCAUCCGAGAUGUCUAAAAACUCUCAAAAGGCUACACUCAACGAUGAGCUGCGAGUGCUGUACCAGGCUGAGUCCUCCCGUGCCGCUAGCCAAUCUCUAGUACUGAAGACUCUGCGAGAAAAGCGUGACGAGCUCAAGGCUCGUCUUGAAAGCCCCGCGACUAAUUUGCAUUCGAUCGGCACUCUAGAGGAGGAAUCCCGCCUACGCAAGGAAUUAGUGCGUGUGGUUCAACAGUCGCAAUUCAUUCAAGGUUACAUUAAAAGAGUUCAAAAACAGUACUCUCUCAAUGGCGUGCAAGGAUCGAAGAAAGUAUCAUCCAACGCCGCACGCACCCGGCGAGGCAGAAACACAACGCUGGAGUAA